AUGCCUUUACCUAAUAUAGUUAUACCUCAUUUUACACAUCGAACGACAUCUAAAACAUCUAAGACGAGCUCUGAAGUAUCUCAAGGUUCUAAAAAAUCUGCUGAAGCUGAUUAUAUGCGAGAAUUAACAAAAAUAAUUAAAAUCUGUCAAAGCAAUUCAACAAAACUGAACGAAUUAAUUCCUAUUGAUUCUGAAGAUACGCAAGCUGACACAUAUAUUUCUUUAAUAAUUAAAUCCGUUUUUACAGUUGACAAAGAACGUACACAAUUAAAUGGGAUUUGGGUUCAGUCAGUUCUCGAGAUAAUUUUUGAUGAAAAACAUCUUUCGUCGAUAAUUGACUCUGAUGUA